AUGCUGGGGCAAGGUCUGCAGCAGCCGCGCGCAGCGGCAGCGUCGAGGGGCAUGCAGCAGGGGCACCUGCUGCUGCGCUCGCAGUGGCCGGCGCUGCGACCCAGCCGGCAUUCAGCGCGAUGCUGGUGCUCGGCACCAGUGGCAGCUGCAGAGACCGCCACGCAGCAGGAGCAGCAGCCGGCGCAGCAGGCAAAAGUAGAGCAGAGGAAGCGUGUUCUUUCGGGUGUGCAGCCCACCGGCAAGCUCCACCUUGGUAACUACAUGGGCGCCAUCAAAAACUGGGUGCCGUUGCAGGACGACUACGACACAUUCUUUUGUGUCGUGGACCUCCACGCCAUCACGGUGCAGCACGACCCCAAGGAGCUGCGGGCUGCGACACGCAACAUGGCGGCGGCAUACCUCGCAGCUGGCAUCGACCCCGACAAGGCCUCCAUCUUUGUCCAGUCCCAUGUGUCGGCCCACGCCGAGCUGGCCUGGCUGCUGGAGUGCACCACCCCUAUGGGCUGGCUGCAGCGCAUGAUUCAGUUCAAGGAGAAGGCACGCAAGCAGGGUGAGGACGUGCGUGCGGGGCUGCUGACGUACCCGGUGCUGAUGGCGGCCGACAUCCUGCUGUAUGGCGCCGACCUGGUGCCUGUGGGGGAGGACCAGAAGCAGCACCUGGAGCUCACCAGGGACAUCGCGGAGCGCGUCAACCACCUGUACGGUGGCAAGGCCUGGAAGAAGCGUGGGGGCCGGGGCGGUCGCGUGCUCAAGGUGCCAGAGCCCUUCAUCCCCCCGGCUGGGGCGCGCAUUAUGAGCUUGCAGGACGGCACGGCAAAGAUGAGCAAGAGCGCCGAGAACGACGCAUCACGCAUCAACCUCACGGACACGGCCUCUGAGAUUGCCGCCAAGGUCAAGCGAUGCAAGACGGAUGCAGUUGACGGCCUGGAGUUUGGAAACCCUGAGCGCCCCGAGGCCAGCAACCUGCUGACCCUCUACCAGCUGGCCACCGGCAAGAACAAGGAUGAGGUGCUGGCAGAGUGCGGGUCCAUGCGUUGGGGGGCCUUCAAGCCGCUGCUGGCUGAUGCCCUCGUUGCACACCUGGAGCCCAUCCAGGCCCGCUACAAUGAGGCGGUGAACGACCAGGCGUACCUGGACGGGGUUCUGGCACGCGGUGCAGAGGCGGCGGCGGCAGUGGCGGACCGGACUCUUGCAGACGUGCGGGAUGCGAUGGGCUUUGUGCCGCCGAUACGACGCAUUUAG